AUGUCCCUGAAGCAGGAGAGCGAGGGACUGAUAGGGCCAAGUAGCCAGGGCUGCUAUUCCUACAGGCUGCCUCUUGUCCAGGCUCCGUCCUUAGAGUUCCUUGUCCCUGCUCUGGUGCUGACCAGCCAGAAGCUACCUCUGGCCAUCCGGACACCUGGAAACUCCUCCCUUGUGCUGCGCCUGUGUGGGGGGCCUGGCUGCCAUGGCCUGGCGCUCCGGAACACUUCUCUCCGAGAGGUGUCCGGGGCUGUGGUGGUAUCUGGGGUGCUGCAGGGAACGCUGGGGCUGCUGGGGAGUCCUGGCCAUUUGUUCUCCCACUGUGGGCCCCUGGUGCUGGCCCCCAGCCUGGUGGUGGCAGGGUUCUCUGCCCACAGGGAGGUGUCCCUUUUCUGCUCUACUCACUGGGGCCUGGCCUUGCUGCUUAUCCUGGUCAUGGUGAUCUGUUCUCAGCACCUGGGCUCCUGCCAGUUACCUCGGUGCCCCUGGAGGCCAGCUGCAGCCUCCUCGCCUCACACUCACAUUCCUGUCUUCCGGCUCUUCUCGGUGCUGAUACCAGUGGCCUGUGUGUGGAUCAUCUCUGCCCUUCUGGGGCUGAGCGUCAUCCCCCCGGAGCUGUCUGCCUCCCCCAAGGCACCAUGGGUUUGGCUGCCUCACCCAGGUGAGUGGGACUGGCCCUUGCUGACACCCAGGGCUGUGGCUGCAGGCAUCUCCAUGGCUUUGGCAGCCUCCACCAGCUCCCUGGGCUGCUAUGCCCUGUGUGGCCGGCUCCUGCAAUUGCCUUCCCCACCUCCACAUGCCUGCAAUCGAGGGCUGAGCCUGGAGGGUCUGGGCAGUGUGCUGGCCGGGCUGUUGGGGAGCCCUCUGGGCACUGCAUCCAGCUUCCCCAACGUGGGCACAGUGAGUCUUAUCCAGGCUGGAUCUCGGCGAGUGGCCCAUCUGGUGGGACUGCUCUGCGUGGGGCUUGGGCUCUCCCCGAGGCUGGCCCAGCUCCUCACCACCAUCCCGCUGCCUGUACUUGGUGGGGUGCUUGGGGUGACCCAGGCCGUGGUUCUGUCUACUGGAUUCUCCAGCUUCCACCUGGCUGACAUUGACUCUGGGCGGAACGUCUUCAUUGUUGGCUUCUCCGUCUUCAUGGCCCUGCUGCUUCCGAGAUGGCUUCAGGAAGCCCCUGUGCUGAGCACAGGCUGGAGCCCCUUGGAUGUAUUACUGCGCUCGCUGCUCACAGAGCCCAUCUUCCUGGCAGGACUCUUGGGUUUCCUCCUAGAGAACACCAUUCCUGGCACAAGGCUUGAGCGAGGCCUAGGUCAAGGGCUGCCAUCUCCUUUCUCUACCCAAGAGGCUCGGGUGCCUCAGAAAUCCAGGGAGAAGGCUGCUAAAGAGUACCAACUUCCUUUCCCCACCCCAAAUUGGUCUCCCUGUAUCCCCCAGCCCCUCCGUUGCCUCUGCCCUCUGCCUGAAGACCCUAGGAAUGAGGAAGGAGGGGCCUGUGAGCCAGGAGAGACAGCAGACUUGUUGCUUGGCUUUGGGGAGCAGUGUCCUGAGUCUAGCAGAGAACUUAGGUCCCAGUGA